AAAGUGCCAAAAGGAAGAACCUGCAGAUAAAUAACAGAGACUUUAAGCAGCAGCCAAACCAACAUGAUGAAGUUCCUGCUACUGCUCACCCUCCCACUGAUGGCAGGUUGUGAUAAAGUUGAUGAAGCAAGAGCUUGUGCAACAGGAUGGGUUCAAUUCACCUGCAAAUAUCCUAAAACAUUUAAAAUAUAUGAGUACACUGAUGUACUUACUCACAGAGGGACAACCUUACGGAGCUCUCAGAAGGAUGUGUGGGAAGACAAAGGCAGAUUUUCUCUGUACAAUAAUACAAACCAAGGAAAGCUCAAAGUGGCCGUUAAACAUCUGGAACAAGAGGACUUUGGGAAGUAUCAGUGUAAAUUGUACAGAUCAAACUCACCUCCUUACAUAAAGAAAUGGACACUGGAAGCUGCAGGAAGCUGUCAGCAGCCAUCUACUCAGAGUGUACACAGAGCAGCUAAAACCACCAUCACAUGUAAUUAUCCAGAUGACGAGCAGGUCAGAUUUCUCUGUAAAGGGGAGAGUUUCACCUGUGAGGAUGUUUUAUCAACCAAAUCUCCUCAGAAGUCAAACAGGAGAUUCACUCUGAGAAACACAGAGAAACGCUUCAUCGUGUCCAUCAGUGAUGUUUCCUCACAGGAUGCUGGAGUCUACUGGUGUGGGCUGGAGUCAAAAGAUGGAAGCUACAGAGUUUCAGUCGGACAAAUAAAACUGGAGGUCACAGAAGCACUGCCCACGUCAGUCACUCACUCUGCAACCUCAUCACCCACCUCCACACGGUCAGCUGCUCCUGAGGAGAGCUUUGAUUCAUGGCCAGUGAUUUUUGCUGUGGCUCUCUGUUUGAAGAUGCUGAUGUUGCUGUUUGUGAUCAUCUCAUGUGUGACCCUCGUCUCCACCCAUUGCUGCAACCUCCGGGGCUGAAAAUGAAGCCAAUGCAAAAGCUGCAGUUCCUCUAACGACCACUUGAGGUGCAGUGAUAGGAAAUGAGUGUCCACGCGGCUCUGACAGAAGCAAACACGUUAAUGCUCCUCAUAGCUGUGCUCACUUUUAUGACAUGUUUAGCUGCUGCUUUUCUUGUGGGUUAAUUUCUAUGAGCAUGCUUAUUAUAUGUUUAUUCAUGGUUCUGCCCCAGUGAUUAUAUACAAUUUGAAGAUAAAUAAAAUUGAAAUAAUGCAUUUGAUGGUAUUUCUGGUGCUGAUUAGCAAAGUCCCACUGCACAGUUGGUCCAGUAGCUCCUCAAAGACACACCAAGCAGUCAGCUUUUAAAUGUAUCCAGCAGGUAUAU